AUGGAAAGAAGAUGCAUUGAUGAUCCAAAAACUACGACUAGUCUACGUUAUUUGGAUGUUGGUGAUGAACCAAAAAGAUUGUUAUCGCCUAUUGAAAACUAUGAAAAAGUUAAAUUAUUAACAUUAGAAAAAGCCGUUAAACCGAUAGAACAUUUAUUUCGAAAUUUGCCAGCAUGGGUUUACGUAGCAAAACAAAAUUGUCAAAAUCCAGUUGAUGGAUUGACGCAGGAUGAAUCGGCUGCUAUUUUUCUAUAUACAAUGGACUGGACACCAAGCAAACAAUCCCUGUAUUAUCAAUUAAAUCAAACAUUAAGAUCGGAAGAUCGUGAAAAAUUAAUUCCUUGGUUUUCGUACUUGAAAUUAUUUUUGACUGCUCUUUAUACAUUACCAUCCGUUAAAAGUGUUGUAUGGCGUGGUAUUAAAGCCGAUAUUAGUGAACAGUUUAAUACUGGUCAGACAUUCGUUUGGUGGGGUGUAAGUUCCUGUACAAGAUCAGUGCAUGUGUUAGAACUGGAAAAAUUUCUAGGACAAAAAGGAACACGAACACUGUUUAACAUUGAGUGUAAAGAGGGUAAGAUAAUCAGAGCACAUUCACAUUUUUCAAUUGAAGAUGAGGUUGUUCUCAUGCCUGCUAGUUUCUUUGAAGUAAUCGGAAAAAAUAACGCAGGAAAUGGACUGUAUAUUGUUCAUGUUAGACAAAUCGAACCGCCCGUUCCUCUAAUACAACCGCCGUUUGAAAUUGUUGAAACUGAAACCGAGUCUUUCGUAAGUGAACCGAUCAAUCGCCGCAUUAUCAAAGACCCCAUUGCAACAACUAUUCAUAUGGAAGGGUUAAACCUUUCUAAUGAAAAAAAUAUUAAUCAAAUCGUUACGAAAGCAUUAGAAGAAAUAACAUUAGCAACAGUACCAGUUAAAAGAAAGUUGAAUUUUGCCUGGGAAAAACUUGGAGAUGAAGGACUGAAAAUGAUUGCCAAUACUUUGAGCCGGAAUUCAACCUUUCUUGAAAUAGAUUUGAGGGAUAAUAAUCUUUCAGAAAGCGGAGCUGAAACAAUUGGUGAUCUUUUAAGAGUUAACAAUAUUUGGAUUGAACUUUGUGUUGGUCAUAAUCAAAUUGGAGAUAAAGGAGCUGAGUUUAUAGCUGAAGGACUGAAACUGAACAAUACAUUAGUAAAUCUUUUUCUUACUGGUAAUGGAAUUGGUAAUGAAGGAGCGCGAGCUUUGAGCUCUAUGUUGAACGUAAAUAAAAGUUUAAAAUGGUUGAGCAUUACCGAAAAUCAAAUUUCUGAUGAUGGUGUUAUUUCUAUCGCUAAUGCACUAAUGCCAAUGAUGAACACAACAUUAACCCAUCUCUAUCUUAAUAAAAAUCAAAUUGGUGAUCAAGGUGCCAUAGCUUUAGCAGGAAUGUUACUUAAAAAUCAAACUUUAAAGUGUCUUGGUCUUCCCCAAAAUAUAAUUUCAGAUGCUGGUGCUAGUACUCUAACAAAUGCACUUACAACUAACAAUAGUCUUGACGAAUUAGGACUGCGAGACAAUCCCAUAUCAAACAGUAUUAGGGAGGCAAAUAAGAGAAAUAAAAGACUGGAUUUAACCUAA